UCGCCCCGCGGGCCCCACCCCGCCAUCCCCGCCCACCCCUCUCGCGGGCGGAGCGGCUCUUGGCCUUUUUUGGGCGUCUCCCUGCUCCGCGGCCCGGGCUGGCUGGAGGGCGCGCGGCUGGCGGCUGCGGCGGUAGAGGGAGACCCGCGGCGAUCCCGGGCUCAGCGUCGCUGCCACCAUGACGGGAAGAUGAGGUCAGCAGAGGCCACAGAGGCUGAGCCACUCAGAAGGCCAGUCACAGGUCCACCAGUGUCCAGCCAGUGUUUGUCCCUGCAGCCCUUUCUGGAACCUAGCCGGGAAAAGAAAUUGCGGAGAGACAGGGACAGGGUCAGGAGCAGCCCCAGAAGCUUCGCUGAGGUGGAUGGAGGGACUGGGCAGGCCAGCCCGGGAGGAACAGACAUCCGACCUGGCCUUCGGAGUGUUCGAGUCUUCCUGUCCCAGAAGCUGUGGAGUUUCAUCUCCACUGUUACAUGCUGGUGUCCUCCACGUCCACUGUCCCCGUGUGAUCCCAGACAGUUCUUUGUGCCUGGAUCCCAGUUCUCUUGGCAUCGCCCAUGCUGCCCAGAGCCAAGGGUGCCUUUGGGAAACACCCCCUUGGCUCACAUACCUUCAGGGGCUCUCCCUGCCAGCUAUCCCCAGGACCUCACCAGCAACAUGUCAGACGCCUUGGCCAACGCCGUGUGCCAGCGCUGCCAGGCCCGCUUUGCCCCCGCUGAGCGCAUCGUCAACAGCAACGGGGAGCUGUACCAUGAGCACUGCUUCGUGUGUGCCCAGUGCUUCCGGCCCUUCCCUGAGGGGCUCUUCUACGAGUUUGAAGGCCGGAAGUACUGCGAACACGACUUCCAAAUGCUGUUUGCUCCAUGCUGCGGAUCUUGUGGCGAGUUCAUCAUUGGCCGUGUCAUCAAAGCCAUGAACAACAACUGGCACCCGGGCUGCUUCCGCUGCGAGCUGUGUGACGUGGAGCUGGCUGACUUGGGCUUCGUGAAGAACGCCGGCAGGCAUCUCUGCCGGCCUUGCCACAACCGUGAGAAGGCCAAGGGCCUGGGCAAGUACAUCUGCCAGCGGUGCCACCUGGUCAUUGACGAGCAGCCCCUCAUGUUCAGGAGUGACGCCUACCACCCCGACCACUUCAACUGCACCCACUGUGGGAAGGAGCUGACGGCCGAGGCCCGAGAGCUGAAGGGUGAGCUCUACUGCCUGCCCUGCCAUGACAAGAUGGGCGUCCCCAUCUGCGGGGCCUGCCGCCGGCCCAUCGAGGGCCGUGUGGUCAACGCGCUGGGCAAGCAGUGGCACGUGGAGCACUUUGUCUGCGCCAAGUGUGAGAAGCCAUUCCUGGGGCACCGGCACUAUGAGAAGAAGGGCUUGGCCUACUGCGAGACCCACUACAACCAGCUUUUCGGGGACGUCUGCUACCACUGCAGCCACGUGAUCGAAGGCGAUGUGGUGUCAGCCCUCAACAAGGCCUGGUGUGUGAGCUGCUUCUCCUGCUCCACCUGCAACAGCAGGCUCACCCUGAAGAACAAGUUUGUGGAGUUCGACAUGAAGCCCGUGUGUAAGAGGUGCUACGAGAAGUUCCCGCUGGAGCUGAAGAAGCGGCUGAAGAAGCUGUCGGAGCUGACCUCGCGCAAGGCCCAGCCCAAGGCUGCGCCUCAGCUCCGCCUGAAGACCCGGGUGCCCCUGCCUGGCUGUGCCUCGGCCCCUCCGCCUUCUCGCCUCCUGCUGCCCACGCGUGGCCCCUCGUCCCUGCCCACCUGCAGCCCUCCGCAUCGCACCCUUCCCUUCGCCUCCUCCCUUCCUGUUCUCUCAGCUGUGCCGUCCCGUCUCGCCUCUCCUUGGCUGUGGCUUCUCUCUGUGAGGAGGCAGGAGCUGGGGACUGGGAGCCUGUGACGGGCUGGGCCACGUCUGACAGCCACGUCCGCCUGUGCCUACAGUUCCGCCCACAGACCUCCAGGGACAGAAGCAAAUUGCAUCACAGCUCCUGACCUGGCCCGGCCUGGCCCUGCCCAGGUGGCUCGGUAGCGUGUGCUGUCCUGCGUGAGCCUCUGCCCCAGAGCGGCCCCGCUAGGUACAUGUGGCUCCUGGGCUACCCAAGGCCAGGGCAGCCUGCGGGAGCCACAGGGCCAGGGCCACGCAGAUGGAGGCCUCUGGGAGCCAUCCUCAUCCCUCACCAUUCACUCAACCAGUGGCACAGUGUCCCUGUGCCCACACCAAGCCAGCAAGUCCUCUGUCCACACCCACAAGCUACCUGGAGGGAGAGGACCCACCUCCAACCCUCAGAAGGGCUUCCUGGAAUCCCACCUUGGCCACCCACCCUCCCUCUCCUUGGGACCUGUGUUGAGCCUUUGGGUGGGGCCAGGGGCCAGGAGGUGGUGGGGUCAGAGGUCACUUGUUCCCACCUCCAGGGAGGACACUUCGUCUGUGGCCAGUGCAGUGCUGGCGCAGGGCUCACGCUUACACAAUGAAGGCUUGUUC